CCACAAUCACCCUUUCCAGUCAUUCACUUCUUCACUCCUUUACUGCACAAGUUCGCCGAAGGGCUACGCUCCCUAUAAAUCCUUUGCAACCUCUCGCACCGAUUGCCUCACUGUAUCUUGCGACCGACGCACUUCCGACCGCCCGCGGAUCCGACCGAUUUUAUUCACUGCUUCGAAUUUACGACUUCAGAAAACAAAGCGCGUGCCGCAACCAUGGCCAGCACGGACCCGAACGCUCCCAUUGCCGAAGCAGACCCACCGGCUGCAAACCCCACGACCGAAAAUGAGAGCGACACCGACAUCGCCUCCAUCUUCGACGAGUCCGAAGACGACUACGCGCCCGACCUCAUCUCCGCCGCCAACCCAAACGACUACACAAAAGCCUACAACCGCCAGCGCAAGCUGAACGACCCCGCCAUCGCCGCCGACCAGAAACCGAAGACGAACCCUCAGAAACCCAGCGCCAACACAAGAGCCUCCCUCGAUGACCAGGUAGCCUCGCUCGCCAAACAUGCCAACAAGAUCAAGCUCGACGACCGCAUGGUGGGGACCGGCGGCGGCGGGCCUCGCGACAAAGACAAGAGCGAUCGGGCGACAAGCGAGCAGGUGCUGGAUCCGCGGACGCGCAUGAUUCUGCUGCAGCUCAUCAACAGGAACAUCGUUUCUGAGAUUCACGGUGUUAUUUCCACAGGCAAGGAGGCGAAUGUGUAUCAUGCAGUUACGGUCCCGGACGGUGAGGACGCGCGGGAGAUGCAUCGCGCGAUCAAAGUGUACAAGACAAGCAUUCUGGUGUUCAAGGAUCGGGAUAAGUAUGUUACGGGCGAGUUUAGGUUUCGCCAGGGCUACAAUAAGAGCAGCAAUCGCGCCAUGGUGAGGGUGUGGGCGGAGAAAGAGAUGCGGAACUUGCGGAGGAUAUACAACGCGGGCAUACCAUGCCCGGAACCGCUAUACCUCCGCCUACAUGUGCUCGUCAUGAGCUUUCUCGGAGACAAGAAAGGCUGGCCAGCACCACGACUACGCGAUGUUGUGUUCGAAGGUCUAACUCCCGAGGAGGAGGAGCAGAAGUGGCAGAGCCUCUACGUUCAGCUGCUAGGCUACAUGCGCACCAUGUACCAAACCUGCAAACUCGUCCACGCCGAUCUGAGCGAGUACAACCUCCUCUACCACGCCAACAAGCUCUACAUGAUCGACGUCUCGCAGUCCGUGGAGCACGACCACCCGCGCUCCCUCGAGUUCCUGCGCAUGGACGUCAAAAACGUGUCUGAUUUCUUCCGUUCGCGCAACGUCGAGGUGCUGAGCGAGCGGAAGGUGUUCAUGUUUGUCACGGGCGAGGAGGGUGGCAAGGAGUUGAGCGAGAUGGAGGGGUUUAUUGCGGAGAUGUUCAAGAAGAGGGCAGAGUUGAGCGAGGAACAGAAGCGCCAGGAGGAUGUUGACGACGAAGUAUUUCGCAACCAGUACAUCCCGCAGACGCUCGACCAAGUCUACGACAUUGAGCGCGACGCCGAGCUCGUGAAUACCGGGAAACGCGACGACUUGAUCUACCAGGGCCUUCUCGCCGAUAAGGUCGCUCCCGAUACGACUCCCGCCGCCAACGAAUCCGACGAGACCGAGUCAGGCAGUGAGGAAGAAUCCUCCGAGGAAGACCAGUCCAAGUUCGAAAAGGGUACGCCCAGAGGAAAGAAGAACAUGGACAAGGACGCAAAGCGCGACCACAAAAAAGCCGUCAAAGAAGAAAAGCGCGAAAAGCGCAAGGACAAAAUGCCCAAGCACAUCAAGAAAAAGCUCGUCUCGCAGUCCGCGCGGAAGAAGUAAUCCGACCUUUUCUUACCCUUUCCCCUCAACUAUAUCCCACGUCGCGCACGCCCGAGCGCAUGUGCGCGUGUCCACUGAAGCGGCUUCCGUGCGCAUAGAACAUAUAUGCCCGGCACCUCUAGACGCUCCCGCUGCAUAUUCGGUUUUCUGUGUGAUAGCCAGUGUGGUGGGCAGAGUCUAAACUACGAAGGUGUCGCCGAAUAGUUGGCUCGCGGCGCAGGCUGCGGGUGCGACUUUGCGGAUCAAAGAGAGCACUGAUUACUUGAUUUUAUAUUCUAUGGUUUCUGUUUGCCAAUCUCUGGAGCUGUUAGCUGACGAGAAGCACAGGCAGGUCGAAUCGACACGGGGGCUC